GCCUGUGUUUUGUGUUGUAGGAAUCGGAGAGUCCUCAAGGAACAAAAAUUCAGAAAACCAAAAAAAAAAAAUCACAAUGGUUUCCUUAGACUCUCUCGAUUUCUUCCUCUUCCGUGUCAGCACAGAUUUCUCAUCUCCUCUGGCCAUUUUCAUUCAGGCGCAGGGAUGUUUAAUUUGCUUACUCCUAGCUUUAGGGUGGGCCUGUGCUUCAUUUGUCAGGAACAGAGAAAUAAAUAGAAUAAAGAAGAAUAUGCGGAAUGGCAAUAGCUUUGCAUUCCUCUGUCAUGAUAUUAAUGAACUUGAACAUUCCAAUCAGAUUGAUCUUCCUAGAGUAACAGUAAUUAUGCCCCUUAAAGGAUUUGGAGAACACAAUCUACAUAACUGGAAGACUCAGUUAACAUCUCUUUACGGUGGCCCUCUAGAAUUUCUUUUGGUGGUUGAAAGUGUAGAGGAUCCUGCAUACAAUGCUGUAUCAAAACUAUUAGCAGAUUUAGGGGGUUCUGUUGAUGCUAGGAUUAUAGUAGCUGGUUUGUCAUCAACUUGUAGUCAAAAAAUUCACAAUCAGUUGGUUGGAGUAGAGGCAAUGCACAGAGGCAGCAAGUAUGUGCUGUUUUUAGAUGAUGAUGUUAGGCUACAUCCUGGAUCAAUUGGAGCACUCGUUCGUGAAAUGCAAAAGAACCCUGAUAUAUUCAUUCAAACCGGAUACCCUCUUGAUUUACCAUCUGGAAGUCUAGGGAGUUACUGCAUCUAUGAAUACCAUAUGCCUUGUUCAAUGGGCUUUGCCACUGGUGGACAAACAUUCUUUUUGUGGGGAGGGUGCAUGAUGAUGCAUUCUGAAGACUUUAGGAAAGAUAACUGUGGUGUAGUGUCAGGACUUAGAGACGGUGGAUAUUCUGAUGACAUGACUCUAGCUGCCAUAGCCGGGGCUCACAAGAAGCUAAUCAGUUCUCCACCGGUUGCUGUCUUUCCUCAUCCCCUUGCAAGUGAUCUUAAUUUUGGAAGGUACUGGAAUUAUUUGAGGAAACAAACAUUUGUUCUGGAGUCAUAUGUUACCAGAGUCAACCAAAUAAUGAACCGUGCAUUGUUUGCUGUUCACUGUUAUUUGUCAUGGUCAUUUGUAGCACCAUACUGCAUGGCAGUGAUUCAUGUUGCAGCAGCACUAAGGUUUAACGCCAGGGGAAACUCAAUUGAAGAAUUAAGCUACUCUUCAAUCGGGUUAAACAUGGUGUGGCUCCUAGUCACAUGCACUUUUGUUUCGCUUUUCUCAAUGUGGAACUUGACAAGGAUAGAAGUUCUACUUUGCAACAUAUUGUCCCCAGAGGCACCUCCACUUUCUUUGGCUUCUUAUAAUUGGUGUAAAGUAUUCAUUGCAAUGCUGGUGGAUAACUGUCUAUACCCUCUAUCUGCAAUUCGUUCUCAUUUUUCCCAAUCUAUCAAUUGGUCUGGCAUUAUCUACUAUUUGAAAGAUGGAAAAAUCAACAAGAUAGAGAGAAUACCAAAAAGGCAAGAUGUGGCACCAGUUUUCACAGACUUAGGAGGAAAACAUUUGUAUGGAAGGAAAGGCAUGCCUACAAGAGGCUCAUUCCUCACUUCUUUAUCCAAAUGCUUGUUCCAAUGGCGUCAAUCAAAGAGAUCUGAGUAAUCAAGAAAUGGCUUCAUUCAGCAUACACAAUUUCUGUCUUUUUUGUCUUGUGUCUCUGCCCCCAAAUUUUGAGGCACAAUGGCUCCUAUUUUUGAAGCAAGGGUGUUGGCAUAUCAAUUAAUAUUGCCAAGUGAUUCAUAUUUGAUUGAUCGAUUCUUUUUGUGAGGCAAAACCCUUGUUCCAUAAACAUGUAUUUUUAACGAUACAUUCAAUCCCAUGUAAUUUUCAGCUCCAUUGUAAAAAUUCACUCGGGCAGUUUAUGAACAACCAAGAAUUUCUAAACACAUACAAUAUGGCAUUCACAUUCGAUC